AUGAACUGCAGCCUGCCAGACAGAGUGCCUCUCUGCUACCCGAUGGCUGGACAGCAGGAUAGGUUGUGCCUUCAGUCUCUUUGGGACUUUGUCACAGCAAAGGAGCCAUUCAUCAAGUCACCAUUUUUUCCAGUGCUGUUUUCUUUCACAGCAUACAUGGCUUUCUGUCUUCCAUAUAUUGCACUGGACUUUUUAGGCGCUAGACUACCAAACUUGAGAAAAUACAAAAUCCAGCCGCAAAACUAUCCAACUCUUGGAGUGAUGGUGCCUUGCAUUAUUCAAAGUGCGUAUCACCAUGUUGUUCUGAUCUUCCCAGUGACAUUUAUCCACUGGUACUGGAGGCCAAUGAAUUUACCAGUGAUAGCUCCAGAGCUGCCUGAGGUCCUGCUGGAAGUAGGAGUUUGCCUGCUUCUAUUUGAUUUUGAGUACUUCCUGUGGCACUUGCUUCAUCACAAGGUGCCUUGGCUCUACAAGACCUUCCACAAGGUGCAUCACAAGCACGUGUCAACGUUUGCUCUUACUACACAGUAUUCCAGUGUAUGGGAAUUGCUCUCGCUGGGAUUUUUUGCUGCUAUCAACCCAGUGCUCCUCGGAUGCCAUCCUUUGACAGAAAUUAUCUUCUUCCUUGUAAACAUUUGGCUAUCAGUGGAGGAUCAUUCAGGAUACGACCUUCCGUGGUCAACUCACCGACUUGUGCCUUUUGGUUUGUAUGGAGGAGCACCACAUCAUGAUCUCCAUCAUCUGAAAUUCAAAUCAAACUAUGCUCCUUACUUCACUCACUGGGACAAACUUUUUGGGACAUUCACAGAAUCGCAUUCUAAUUAAGGCUAUUUACCUUUGGAAGAACUCUUAUUUUUUUAUAGAGUAAACUGGGACAUUCAUUUUUCAAAGACAUACAGAAGAUUGUGUAUUUGAAACUGCCUAUAAAUAGCUGUUGCUUUUAUAACAAAUCCUCUUAAUAUAUGUGUAUUUGAAUGUAUACUUGGAACUGCCCAUGUUAAAUGACUGCAGAUGGGAGA